AAGAAGCGCAAGAGCGCCCCCACGGCCGUCGCAGACUUCGCCAUCCUCGCGCUCGCGCUCCCCACACAGCCCGGCCUCCCACCCUCGUGCGCCGAUGCAAAGCACUACCUCUACGUCAAGGCCCACGCGCCCGCCAUAGCCACCGAGUCCACCGCGCGCUCGCUCUUCCUCGCAAACGUGCCCAUCGAUGCCUCGGAAGCGAAUCUGCGCGCCCUCUUCGCCGAGCAGCUCGGCGGUGCGCGUGUCGAGAGCGUGGACUUCGACGGCAGCGUGCCGGCCGAGGUGGCACACAAGCACUUCAACCCCGCCGAGGUGAAGGCCGGAAACAACGACGGGCCCGAGAGCCGGGGGAAGAAGCGCAAGCGGGCGGAUGACGGCAAGGGCAACAAGAGCGGCAUGGUGGCCGAGGGCGUGCUGGAGGACGACGACAGCGCGCUGCCGCGGAUAUGGAGCGCGCCGGUGCGCCGGAGCGGGUCCGGCGCUGUGGUCGUGUUCGUGGACAAGGCGAGCAUGCGGGGUGCGCUGAAGGCGGUGCAUGCAGCCAUCAAGUUGGGAACGACGAUUAGCUGGACCGGCGGCGAGGCACUGGGCGUCGAUCGCUAUAAAUCGCACCUCGCCCUGCUCCAUCCACCGCCAACCCUCCUCUCCUCCACCACAAACGCGUACCUCGCCCAGUUCGACGCCGCCGCAGCCCAACGCUCCCGCGCCCUCGCACACCUGCGCUCCGUCCCCGACGAGGACGGCUUCAUCACCGUCACCCGCGGCGGCGGCCGCAGUCUCCCCGCUGCCCGCCUCGACAUGGCGCAGCAGAAGCAGGCCGAGCACGAGGACAGGAUGAAGAAGAAGGGCAGCUUGGACGGCUUCUACCGCUUCCAGAACCGCGAGAAGAGGAAGGAGCAAGAGGGCAUGCUGCGGAAGCAGUUUGAGAAGGACAGGCGGAGG